AUGGAGGAAGCACUUUAUACUUCACCUUUCAAUCAACAACAACAGCAACAACAGCUGCAACAGCAGCAGCAACAACAACAGCAACAACAGCUGCAACGGCAGCAGCAACAACAACAGCAAAGCAACAAUAAUAAUGAAUUUGUUAGUAGAAGACAAGUUGGAGCAGACAAAGACAAGUUGGAGCAGACAAACAAGACAUCAUCAUUCCUCUGCAGCGGAUUUUCAAAAAUUGCCCCAUGGCGGUGUGAAAAAUUCGGAAUACAAAAACACGAGUCAAUCCGAUCCGGUGGCAGUGGGCACGUUGGGAACAACAGGAUUGAGAAAGCGGAAAUUUAUGGAUGA